GUUACCCCCUCUGGUGUUUGAACAUCGUUGCCAUGGAAAUGAUACAGUAGAUAGUACAUAACAAAAUUUGUUCCCUACUGAUGGAAGAUCAGGAAUGUAUUGAAAAUGCAAAGGAAUAAUUUUAUCGGGUCUAAAUGACAUUAAUAUGGAUACCACCAACAUAUACAGGGCAGAAAAGUCUGAAAUUUCACAAGAGGACAAAAUCGAUCGGUGGAAAACGGUGACUAAUGAUUCUUAUGUACCGCCACCCAUUACACACCCACGAAUACUUGGCCGGAGACGCGAGUUGAUGAAAACAUUUCUUACCAAACGUGUUUCCGAAGAAAUAGUGAACGAAACGAUUGCAGAACCUUCACUUUGUACCAUGAGUCCUUCGGAGUACGUUGAUAACUUUUGUGACUCAAAAUUCACACCAUUUAUGGAUCGAACUGAGUGCAACACUCAGAAACACCUCAAAUAUCCUCUCUAUGGCGGUGCCACUGCUCAGUCUUACUACAAGUCACAACUUGACAGAGGAACGCUCAGGGUGCGAUCAGAGAUCAAAGACUUCAAUGAACCCUUUCGCAGAUCUUGUUCAUUCACUACACCACCGGAUUUAGCCCUAAGAGAACCAACGGGAGGUUACUGAAAGUGACAGUUUCAUUUUAAUAAAUUCUGUUGUAUACUUUUCAA